CGGUCAAUCAGAGACGCGCCCAAAGCACCGCCCCAAAUCGUGCUACUCGGUCCCCUAUUCGUCACUUCCUCUCCAGUCCCUGCGCAGUCGAUAAGGAAACCCGGACGCCGCUGUGGCUUUCUUUUUUUCAAGCGGCCGGGAACAUGGCGGACAUUCAGACGGAGCGAGCCUACCAGAAGCAGCCCACCAUCUUCCAAAACAAGAAGAGGGUCCUGUUGGGAGAGACCGGCAAAGAGAAGCUCCCGCGAUACUACAAGAACAUCGGCCUGGGGUUCAAGACGCCCAAGGAGGCCAUUGAGGGCACCUACAUUGACAAGAAAUGCCCCUUUACCGGUAAUGUCUCCAUCCGAGGGCGCAUCUUGUCCGGCGUGGUGACCAAGAUGAAGAUGCAGAGGACCAUUGUCAUCCGCCGAGACUACCUCCACUACAUCCGGAAGUACAACCGCUUCGAGAAGCGCCACAAGAACAUGUCAGUGCACCUGUCCCCCUGCUUCAGAGAUGUGCAGAUCGGCGACAUCGUCACCGUGGGUGAGUGCCGCCCGCUGAGCAAGACUGUGCGCUUCAACGUGCUCAAGGUCACCAAGGCCGCCGGCACCAAGAAGCAGUUCCAGAAGUUCUGAGCUGGCUACCUGCCCCCACCCCAACCAAAUAAAGUUAUUUUCUCAGUCACA